CUGCACUACGGGACCCUCCUGGGCAGCAGAGCUUGUGCCCACAUGGCAGCAGCUGCCUGGGCCAGUGCCUUUCUCUACUCACUGCUGCACACAGCCAAUACAUUUUCCCUGCCCCUGUGCCAUGGCAAUGCCCUGGACCAGUUCUUCUGUGAAAUCCCCCAGAUCCUCAAGCUCUCCUGCUCCAAAUCCUACCUCAGGGAACUUGGGCUUCUUGCUCUAAGUGUCUGUGUAGCCUCAAGCUGCUUUGUGUUCAUUGUUUUCUCCUAUGUGCAGAUCUUCAGGGCUGUGCUGAGGAUCCCCUCUGAGCAGGGACGGCACAAAGCCUUUUCCACCUGCCUCCCUCACCUGGCUGUUGUCUCCCUGUUUCUCAGCACUGGCUUUUUUGCCUACCUGAAGCCCCCCUCCAUCUCCUCCCCAUCCCUUGAUCUGGCCCUGUCAGUUCUGUAUUCGGUGGUGCCUCCAGAGUCCAAGGGGUUGGAUGAGGAAAAUGGUCAGGGGGUGGUGGGGACAAAGUACUAUUGA